CCCUGACCUAGGCUUUGGCCUGGGCCACUCGUUCCGGAGCCGCCAUGUCGUCCGACUUCGAAGGUUACGAGCAGGACUUCGCGGUGCUCACUGCAGAGAUCACCAGCAAGAUUGCGAGGGUCCCACGACUUCCGCCUGAUGAAAAGAAACAGAUGGUUGCAAAUGUGGAGAAACAGCUUGAAGAAGCGAAAGAACUGCUUGAACAGAUGGAUUUGGAAGUCCGAGAGAUACCACCCCAAAGUCGAGGGAUGUACAGCAACAGAAUGAGAAGCUACAAACAAGAAAUGGGAAAACUCGAAACAGAUUUUAAAAGGUCACGGAUCGCCUACAGUGACGAAGUACGGAAUGAGCUCCUGGGGGAUGAUGGGAAUUCCUCAGAGAACCAGUUGAUAAAAUUACGUGAAGAGAGGGCACAUCUGCUCGAUAACACAGAGAGGCUGGAAAGGUCAUCUCGGAGACUAGAGGCUGGAUACCAAAUAGCAGUGGAAACCGAGCAAAUUGGUCAGGAGAUGUUGGAAAACCUUAGUCAUGACAGAGAAAAGAUACAGCGAGCACGUGAAAGACUUCGGGAAACAGAUGCUAAUUUGGGAAAAAGCUCCAGGAUUCUGACAGGGAUGUUGCGAAGGUGUUUUAAGCAGCAAGCGGGACAAUCUAUAAGAAACGGCUUUUGGAAGGACAAUCCCUGUUAGGCCGUUCUUGCACUGCGGUAUUUACAGCAUGCCCUCAGGCUACCCAGAACCGGUGUUUGCUAAAGAUGACAGUCCACUGGAAGCCUCUUACUGUUGCUAAACCUUGUGCUGCAUAUUGUUGUCUAUACUGAGACCCAAACUCACUCUGGAUCCUGGAACUCAUUCACUGAAACUUCUUCCCUUUCCUCAUCCAAAUGAGUGUUUUGUUAGGAAAUGUAAUCCAUCCAUACUAAUUUGGAAUUUGCAGAAACAUUUGGGAUUUUGCAAGGGAGGAGAGCUGCUGAUUCUAAUCCAGUCUCAAGUGAUUUGGUCAACAUAGAUUUAGUAUUUUCUCAAGACAGUUUGGGGCUGAUGCUGCUGUGGAUUCCUAGUGAGGACCAAACCUGAAAUCUUCACACUAUGGACCUGAGAGUCUCCUUGGAUCUUUUACCUCCUCCCAUCCCAUAUUGCUUCUGGCCAGAUGCAGGUGUGUCAGCCCACACCUAGAUGAAUUUCAAGGGGGAACAAUGGCAUCAUCCUCUCCUGAAGUUUCACCUGCUCUGUCGCUUGAACACACGUAAGCCACCUUGUGAGACUGUUCAAUACGGGGGGACAUAGUAUCUGCCUCAUUUUAAGGUGCCCAUGUUUUAGUGGAAGGUGCUUUGCUAUCUGUGACAUUUUUGAAUACAGCAAUGGAUUUGAGUCGGCAAAGCUGCUCUGUAAGACAGGGUGGGGUCAUUGAAGCCAUUUUAAAAAGAGAAAACAGAAGAAAACCUCAGGCAUUUUAAUAUGUUGAAUACGCAUCCAAUUAUUAAUUCUAAAGACUUCUACAAAUCAACUUAGACGAAACUUUUUUCACCUUUUUCCUGCCUCUUUUCCCCUUCUCAGAAACAUUUAGACCUACCCUAUGGCAAUGACUAUUGGGAAGUCUCUGCCCUGUAUAUCAGGGUAGCACAAAUAAUUCAGCAUAAAGCAGCCCAGUUACUGUAGCUUGGCAUUAGGAUAAGUAUAUCUUAAGAAAGUUCUUAUGCAGACUUGGCUUCAGGCAAUAAAACGUCAUAGACGUAUAACUGUAGCGAGUGAAAUUUCUAGGGAGCAAAUUAGGCUGAAAACAUCUUCUAGAGACAGCUAGAAAGGAAUUGUACACCACCCCAAAAUAAGGCAAGUUAUGCAGUAAAUGUUUCAUUUAUUGGCCUUCUUCCAUUACUAUUAGGGUUAAAAGACAUCUUGUCAAUAAGAAAAGUAUAUUUAUGGAGGACUGAUGUCUUUCAGAAAGCUGUUCCUGUCACAAAUGCCUAUAGCAGUGGUAAUCGGCUUAUGAAGGCAGGUGAUGAAACCCUGUACAGAUGCAUACAUCUCCCCAUUAACCCUUGGAUCAUCAGGUAUUAUUGUCACUUUAUUACCUGGACCUGUUAUUAGCUGAAGCAAGGUGAUCAAGCCGGGCACUUCAGAAAAACGUCAGAACAGAAGAGUGUUCCUCAGGGUUUCAAGGGGAGAGAGUAUGUGUCUCUCCAAGUCCCUUCACAGAGUCUUUGGGGGGAUAGAGGAUGCCUGUGAAGUGGGCGCUUUUGCCUAACCCUUCCUCUUGCUAAAUCUGAAAACUCUUGGGUGUCCAAUUUUUUAACGUUCCUAUGUUGGCUAAGGGAGUAGCUUUCCUCAAGGUCCAAAUAAGGAACCAUCACCCACGCAGAACAAAAAGCAAACAGAAAAUCUCACAGUGGAAUCAGGACUUUGGCUUCUAAACAUUUCCCCAUUUUAUAGCUUCCUUAUGUUUUCAGAUUCUUUUUUUGGCUUCCUUUAGCACACUCCCGGCAUAGAUAAGUCCAACACAGUGGGGUAACAGAUCAUCCAUCUUGGAGCCCAGAUCUUUAAAGAAAAAUCACACAGGAACACAAAUACACACACCCACACAUGUACAUAUCACUGUCAAGGGUAACUUAGUAGAAUCUUGCCGAGUGAUUGGGGGAGCUGAAUAUGGUUGUCAACAUGUAUUCCCCACUUCGGGUAAAUCUGACAGACUAGCCUUGUUUUUCUCAAAUUCCAGAGCCAAGCUUUCAAUAUGGUUUGUCUUCUUUGCUGGUGUGCGUGAAUCUCUGAGCCAUAACUGGGGCGUGUGGUGAAACGAUGGAAUCAUGGACUUUUAAAUAUUAACAGGCAAUUUAAAAAAGCCCAUUCCAACCACCUCAUCCACCAGGUGAGACAAGACGAAGGGGCCGCGGGUGACACAGCCUGUGGCCAGCCUAUUUCUGAAGUCCCCUGUCAGGCACAUUCCUGUAUUUCAAUGGGCACCUAACACUUCACCAUAUCUCCCCCGUGGGGAACCAACACUUAAAAGGUGAUUUGUGUAAACCGAAACCUCCUUUUCAUGCUCAUUGAUAGGGAUAAACAAGGAAGCACCUCUGGAAGAGGUAACACUACUCACUUAAGUUUUAAGGUAUCAGCAUGUAUCCAAAGAGAAGGAUUUAAUCAAGGGAGGGCUGAAGGAGAGGAGAAAACAGAAGAGAAGCAGCAGAAGGGCAGUGGAUGAAGAGGGCGAGGUCAAAGUCAGAGAGGCCUAGGGACAGCUACUUACAGUUCAGGACCUGGACUGGCGCCAGGAAUGGACUCCUAGGGGUGAGGGCCCAGCUUCUCCCUGCCUUCCUCCCAAAAUAUGCAGAGACCUAACUGGAUUCCAAGGGAUGAGGGCACAGCUUCUCCCCGCUCCCACCCAUUUCCCAACAUGCAGAGCCCAUGGUGGCAAAAUCCCCUGGCUCAGGCUAAAGUCAGAACUGGUCUGGUUUCCUGUGUUUUUCGAAUCUCUGCCAUUUGGGCAGAACGCUUGGUCCUAUAAACCAGGAGUCAUCAGUAUCCACAGAGAAGUUGCCUCAGCACUUGGACCCAAGUCAACUGUGUUUAAAAUUUCACACCAAAUCUAUAAAUUACACAUUCACAUUGUGGGCCAGCCUACCUUUUUUUCAAAUAGUAUUCAAGGUAUUUUUCUUUUUUUUCUUUUCUUUUCUUUUUUUUUUUUUUUGAGACGGAGUCUCGCUCUAUUGCCCAGGCUGGAGUGCAGUGGCGCCAUCACGGCUCACUGCAAGCUCCGCCUCCCGGGUUCACGCCAUUCUCCUGCCUCAGCCUUCCGAGUAGCUGGGACUACAGGCACCCGCCACCACGCCUGGUUAAUUUUUUGUAUUUUUAGUAGAGACGGUGUUUCACCGUGUUAGCCAGGAUGGUCUCGAUCUCCUGACCUCGUGAUCCGCCCGCCUUGGCCUCCCAAAGUGCUGGGAUUACAGGCAUGAGCCACUGCGCCCGGCUAUUCAAGGUAUUUUUCAAUACCUUGCUGCCUGGCUACUGCAGUGCCAAUUCUGCCAUUCCCUCCCCCUCCUCAAUUCAGGCAUCACCUGAGGGACUUGCAGAACAUCAGGGAUCUGGCCCCUCUGAGAUCUUGCUGGUCUACUCAAGCCUUUGUACAGCACCAAGCAACGAAAUUAAAUGUGGGACAUGCACUAUCACAGAAAAACUUUUUAAUUGCUUAAUUAAAUCAGAGAUUUAAGGAAGGAGAGAUUCAAAAGAGUUCCCUUUGAAUGAGAAAAAUAAGGAUAUGCCAAAAUGGAUAAAGUUACUAAUCAUGGGAACAAAGCCUUUAGUAUUUACAUAUGAUAAAAAUGCAGGCUAGUAUAGUAAAAUCAGUAAGUACAUUCUUUAAAAUUUCAAUUCAGUAUAUUCCUGAGAUUUUAUUAUACAGGUAGUACUAUAAAGAACAUAGAAGACCUCAUUAUCCAACUUAAUUCAGACCAGGGUUUGAUUAAAAAAAUAAAAAACAAAAAACUACCACACAGGACGAAGAAAUUGCCAUAAAAUUGAGUUCCUAUAAACGUGUUCCAGUUUAAGUAACUAAGUCCCUAAAAUGAGCCUUAGUAAAGUCUACGCUGCAUAUAGACAGACUUAGGCAUAUCAAGUAUACAGGUGACAAUUAGCAAGUGUAUAAAGCUAAGGUCAUUUUGUUAAAUGUGUAAAUCUAAAGGCAACCAAGUAAAAGACCUAAAAAAGGAAACUGUUAAGUCCAUUUGUACAUGGAUUUAACAGUGAAGCAUUUCAUUCUUCAUGUUUUCACUUGGUGUCUUGAAAUAAUCCCCUUUCUGUCUCCACUCUCCCUCUUAGACACUGCGCCUGCCUUAUUUAUUUAUGAAGUCUGAAGGUUAGUCCUACCUGCUGAGACUAAUUAGCCCUGUGCUUUGUAUCCUAUGCAAUCCUGUCUGAUUAAAUGUACACAUUUGUUUUACUUCUUUUCAGGCUCCUUCUCACUCUACUUCUGAUAUUCUGAUUAAUAUCAAAGUUGGGAGUUACAGUCAUUCUCCUCUGCCUCCCCCCCAACCCAUUUUUAUUUUGCCUGCAUCUUAUUCUUUAGUGUGCAAAUGUGGUUGUGAUUUUUUUCCAGUGCAGGGGAAUUCGUUGGCCUUGUCAAUCUCGGUAUCAUUAUUUUUAGUAGUCUUCUUUCUGAGACUUUAGCCUAUAAAACAGUUUUGCUGAAACCCCAAACUCUCUAAAUAUUACAUGGCAAAUUUGCUUUCUUUUGGAAACCUCGGUGCUGAUGGGCCAGCUGAAGUGCAGGUGAGCUUUUUCAGGGAAGGGUGGGACAACAGUACAUCCUGGACUCUAGACUAAUACUACUCCUAAGAGGCAAUUUGCUAAAUCCUACUGAUUUAUUUUUUUCUUUUUCAUGUUGUAGUGUCCAGUCUACUUCUUACUGGGUAUUUGCAAAAAUGAAUCUUCUUGCUCUAUCACCCAGGAACAUUGUGUUUUGGGAGCUGGGUCUUCCCUCUUUAACAUAAUUCCAUUCCCCAUUUUGUAGCAAAUCAGUCUGCUCCUCCUCUAAUACCUAAAAGUCAACAAAUACCUGCCUCAAGCCCCAGGUUUCCCAUCUUCUCCCGAAGGUCUUCUAGCAUUGGUUUGGUUAGCAAUUUCCUGCCAGAGCCACCUACAUCUUGAUUAUUUUGGUCAGUCUUUCGGGGAUUUCAUUUCAGACCCCCUUCGAGAAACACUGUAGCCCAACUGAUCCCAGGGGUUGGUGAACUUUCAGUUUUAUUUUCCCAGACGGUGUUAACGCCCAAACUUUUCACCUCCUAAGUCAAAAAGGACUUUGACUCUAGCUCAUUUCCUACUACCUCCAACGUCAGUUAAAAAAAAAAAAAAAAAGCAAAA